AUGUCUAUAACAUAUGACUUUCCACCCACAUUAAGUCCACUAGUUUAUAUGACAAUUUUCCAUGUUCCUCUUUUUGCAUUUAUUUCCUUAUCUCGCAAACCAAUAACUAGCAAACGACGCACUUUCGUACUUUGUAUUAUAAUCCUCGUUCAAGCAAUGAUUCCCUUCAUAUAUCAUGGAAGAUAUGAACCACUAAUGAAUUUCAUUAUAGCAUUAUUAGCGACACUAUACACAUUCAAAAUGAUGGUAUGGCUGAAAAAAAAUUACCAAUCUUCUAUCGAUUCAAAAAUUAAAAUUCCUUCAUUCAUCGCUUCUCUAUUCAAUUGGCGUCCUGAUGCGGUAACAAUUCCUGAUGAAUCAAAAUAUCAAAGAUACAUUGAUUCUAUUAAAGUUACAGAUAUUAAUCAAGUGAUAAUUAACCACACAAUUGAAGCUAUUAUAAAAUUUUUGAUUAUAGAUCUUAUAUCUGAUUAUUUAAGGAUUAACAAACCAGAAUUUUCAGAAAGAUCAUAUGGAUUACGAGUUUUAGAUUAUCUUAGGACUGGACGUCCAUUUAUUGAAAUAUAUACCUUCUUUUAUUGUAUUCUUUUUAUAAUUGUUGCAAUUAUAUCAUUUUUGAUAUUUUGGGACGUUAAUUGUAUAAUCUUUGGGAUUAUUUUAAAACCUUUAUUAUCUGACAGUGAUGAUAAAAAUAGAAAACGAGAAGAAUCAAAAUCUUUUAAAACAAACCUCAAAGAAUGGUUAAUUAUUUCAAUUUUCUAUACAAAACCACUAAUGGAUAAACCAUAUUUUUCAACGGGACCUCGAGAUUUAUGGUCCAAUCAGUGGCAUCAGAUCUAUCAUCAAAUUUUUAUUGAACUUGGUUACCUUCCAGUACGAAACUAUUUUAAACACAAUAAAACUCUUGGACGAAUACUUGGAACAUGUUCUGUAUUUUUGUUAAGUGGAUUAUUUCAUGAUUAUAUAGCAAUGGUUGCUUUUAAAUAUUUUUCGCUGGAUUAUACGACAUUUUUCUUAUUUCAUGGAAUACUUUUAAUUUUAUGGGAAGCUGUUGAAAACAAUAUAUUAGGAAAAGGAAAAGAUUUUAAAGAAAAUUUUGGAAUCAAG